GCUACUCGACAUGCAGAAAUGGUGGCAAUUGAUCAGGUCCUUGACUGGUGCAAGCAACACAACAGAGAUUAUACAGAAGUGUUUCCACAAUUGGUGUUGUACGUAACUGUAGAGCCCUGUAUCAUGUGUGCAGCUGCUCUGCGCCUGAUGAAAAUUCCACGGGUCAUAUUUGGCUGUCAAAACCAGCGAUUUGGAGGCUGUGGCUCAGUUUUGAGCAUUUCAUCUGAUGAUAUGGUGGACACAGGAGACCCAUUUGAAUGCAUUUCAGGCUAUCGUGCCGAAGAAGCAAUAGAAUUGUUAAAAGCUUUCUACAGACAAGAAAAUCCCAAUGCACCAAAGUCAAAAGUACGGAAAAAGAAUCACCGUAAGCAGCCCUACAGCACUGCUGACAGAAACUCACCGAAAAACGACACGUGA